GAAAAAUAAUAUAAAUAUAGUCUUAGUCUCAGAUAAAUAAUAUUUAUAACUAGAUAGAUUGUAAUUGUAACAUUCACUAAACUGUUUUAAACAUGUCUACGCUGUUUUGUUUUGCUAAUAGAGUUUUGAAAACCUCGCCGCAUCUGAUUUUUUUUCGCAAUGCUUCCAAGAAAACGGGUGGUAGCACAAGAAACCCGUCUGAUCACGGACGACCAAAACAUCGCGGAUGGAAGGUUCAGGAUGGGCAUUAUGUAUCCGCCGGUACCAUUCUAGCAACUCAGCGUACACCUCGCUUUCAUCCAGGCCUAAACGUUGGAUUCGGAAAAAAUGGAACCAUAUUUGCGCUAGAACAUGGGAAGGUAUACGUUACAUGUGAAAAAUUGGAUCUAAACUGGGAGCAUACAUGGGUACAACGUAUAUACGCCGGUCGCGAAACUCAAACUAUUUUCAAGAAAUUCUUUAAUGUAGUGCCCAUAGAACAGCAUAAACGUUUUAGGCUGAUAGAGGAAUCAUAGUGUAACUAUUAUCAAUAUUAAAUAAUAAUCGCGAUAGAACCUUUCUUAACAAAACUCGUUUAGAGAAAGUUAUUUGUUGUUAUAUGGCAAACUGGAAGGGGUCACUAUUACCUACUUUUGCAAGUGCACUGGUACAGGUAUAUACCUGAGACAGCCCUGAGAUCUAUAUUGCCCAUAAUCGCAUAUCAGUCCCAUGUGAAUUUUCACUGAAUAAAUAUCAAGAUCAUUUGUUUU